GAAGGCGCCAUGUUUGAAAUAUUUAUGUCUCUUUAUUUCAAUAUUUGUUUUGUAUACGAACGUUAACGCAGACGUUUCGUGAAAAAUAUCAAAAUGAUGUCAAGUCUGGAAGAUCCAACGAUGGAGCGACAUUUCAAGGGACACAGAGACGUCGUAACAACGGUCGAUUUCAAUCCAAACAUGAAGCAAAUUGUUAGUGGUUCAAUGGAUUCUUGUCUCAUGAUCUGGCAUUUCAAGCCUCAUCUCAGGGCUUAUCGUUUUGUUGGACAUAAGGAUGCUAUUCUAUGUGUGAAAUUCUCACCAUCUGGUCAUUUGAUUGCCUCGGCAUCAAGGGAUAAAACUGUACGAUUAUGGGUACCUAGUGUGAAAGGUGAAAGUACUGUGUUUAAAGCGCAUACUGCAACAGUUAGGAGUGUUGACUUUUCUUCUGAUGGACAGUUCCUUGUUACUGCUUCAGAUGAUAAAUCACUUAAGAUAUGGUCUGUUCAUCGCCAAAAAUUUCAGUUUUCAUUGAAUGGACACAUGAAUUGGGUGCGCUGUGCCAGAUUCUCGCCAGAUGGACGGUUGAUUGUGUCUGCAAGUGAUGAUAAAACUGUGAAACUCUGGGACAGAAACAGUAAAGAAAGUGUUCAUACUUUUUAUGAACAUGGAGGGUUUGUAAAUCAGGUUGAAUUUCAUCCUAACGGAACUUGUAUUGGUACAGGAAGCUCCGACCAUUCUGUCAAAGUUUGGGAUAUUCGCAUGAACAAGCUUCUGCAACAUUACCAAGCUCACACGAGUGCUGUCAACAGCGUGUCUUUUCAUCCAUCUGGUAACUAUAUGAUCACCGCAUCAAACGACACAAGUCUCAAGAUCCUUGACCUCAUGGAAGGAAGAUUGUUUUACACCCUGCAUGGCCACCAGGCAUCAGCCAAUUCAGUUGUAUUUUCCAAGAAUGGCGAAUACUUUGCUUCCGGUGGCUCAGAUGAGCAGGUUAUGGUAUGGAAGACAAACUUCGAUAAAUUAGACUAUAGUGAGAUGCUAACGACGAGACGAAAAGCGACUCCAACAAAACACCAUCAUGAUCCUCCGCCAACAUCAGAGAUUCACGCUUUAUCUAAACCAAAGAACAUGGCACAUACUGAUAAUGAUGUUGUUGAAAUUGCUCCGGCUAUGUUUGCCAUUCCUACUGAGCGAAGUCAAAUGGACGAAGCAACCAAAUCCGAGGCUAGACCUCUUAAACAGCCUGCAAGUCAGGUUGAAGCUCCAAAAACCACCCCGUUGGAAAGAAGAGAAAUACCGGCACAACUUGCAACAACAUUGGAACAUAUCGUAGGACAGUUGGACGUUUUAACGCAGACUGUUUCAAUUUUGGAACAACGGCUGACAAUGGCUGAAGACAAAUUAAGAGAAUGUUUAGACAAUCAACAAAAGAUAACUUUACAGAUUCGUCCAAAUGAAUGACGUCUAUCAAUACUAGAGGUAACCCUUAUAAAAUGUAUAUAUUUAUUACAUGUCAGUAUAAAUAGUUUACAAUUUUCCAGAUUGUUGCUUUCAUUUUUUCAAAAACACUUCUAGCCCAAAACAAUUUGUAUUUAAAGCUGUAUAGUAUACAAAAUUCUUAAAUGAUACCGUCCUCCAUGUACAAGAGGUCGGGUAUAUUUUGAUGAGCCUUCAGAUUAUAGUUUCAGCUGACCAUUAGAAUUUCGAUGUGCCUUUGUAUAGCAAAUUCUAAUGUAAUGUCACAAGAUGCUUUUGGCUCAACAACAACAGCGCAUGAUACCAAAAAACCGGAUUCAAAUUUCUAAAAUAACUCUGAUAAUUUUCUUUGGUUCCUUUUGUUCAGACGUAAAUAAUGUUUCGUAUUAAAUUUUUAUUACUUUGGGUUG